GCGCCGGCCGCCGCCGCCGCCGCCGCCGCCUCCACGCUCGGGGAGGAGGCGCAGUCGGAGAGGGCGGAGGAGAGGCAGGAGGAGGUGACAGGAGGUGCCCCGGGUGGAGGAUGGAGACCCGGGCAGCCGAGGCUGGCGAGCCCGAGCCCGCCGCGUCCCCCUCCUUCCAGGCCCGGCUCUGGAAGAACCUGCAGCUGGGUGUGGGCAAGGGCAAGGGCGGCGGGGGCGGGCGCACCGGGGGCCCCGAGCGCCGCACUGCGGCCACUCCGACCCCAUCCCCGCCGCCCCCGAGGGCCACGCAGGACGCACUGGCCGGUGUGGCGAGCACCGGCAGCAGGUGGAGUGGCUUCAAGAAGCGGAAGCAAGUGCUCGACCGGGUGUUCUCCUCCUCGCAGCCCAACCUGUGCUGCUCCUCGCCGGAGCCCCUGGAGCCUGGAGGAGCAGCCAGAGCCGAGCAGGGGUCCACGCUGCGCCGCCGCUUACGCGAACAUCUGCUGCCCGUGGCUAAGGGGCCGGCGACAGCCCUGGGGACAGCGGGAGUGACGCCUCCUGGCGGACGCUCCCCGGACUCAGCUCCUUCUUCUUCUGCCUCAUCCUCUCUGUCCUCUUCUCCCCAACCGCCCCCGAGGGGAGACCGCGUCCGAGAUGAAGGCGCACGGCGUGGGGGCUCGGGGGUGCACCUGUGCCACCAAAAGAGCUCCUCUCUUCCCGGGACCGCGUGCCUGGAGCAGUUGCUGGAACCGGCGUCACCUCCAGUAGAACCGACACGGGGUCCCGCGGAGUCCCAGGCUCUGACAAAGGGUGAAGAGCGAAGCUGCAGCCAGAAAAUAAAUACAGUUGGAACCAGUAAUGCAGAUGUCCCUUUGGCUGAUCCCGGAAUGUACCAGUUGGACAUCACACUGAGAAGGGGUCAAAGUUUAGCUGCCCGUGAUCGAGGAGGGACAAGUGAUCCAUAUGUGAAGUUUAAAAUUGGAAGAAAAGAAGUUUUCAGAAGUAAAAUUAUACACAAGAACCUGAAUCCUGUGUGGGAGGAAAAGGCUUGCAUCCUUGUCGACCAUCUUAGAGAGCCUCUGUAUAUCAAGGUAUUUGACUAUGACUUUGGACUGCAAGAUGACUUUAUGGGCUCAGCCUUUCUCGACCUCACACAAUUGGAGUUAAACAGGAGCACAGAUGUGACCUUGACUCUGAAAGAUCCCCAUUAUCCCGACCAUGACCUUGGAAUCAUUUUGAUGUCAGUCACCCUGACCCCCAAGGAAGGCGACCCCAGGGAUGUGCAGAGUUCAGUCCACAGCUUUCUUCAUUGGAGACUUUGUGACAUAAAAACAAUGCUAAUGAGGAAGAGUUGGAAAAGAUCCAGUAAGGAACUCUCAGAAAAUGAAGUGUUUGGAUCUCACUUCUCUGUGCAGUCUUUCUUUUGGAGGUUUCAGACCCAAAGCUUACGUCUGUCAGACCAGCACAGGAAAUCACACCUGUGGAGAGGAAUCGUCAGCAUCACCCUGAUUGAGGGCCGAGACCUCAAAGCAAUGGAUUCCAAUGGCUUGAGUGAUCCCUAUGUGAAGUUCCGGCUGGGUCAUCAGAAGUACAAGAGCAAGAUUAUGCCCAAAACUUUGAAUCCUCAGUGGAGGGAGCAGUUUGAUUUUCAUCUCUAUGAGGAAAGAGGGGGAAUCAUCGACAUCACUGCCUGGGACAAAGAUGCUGGGAAAAGGGAUGAUUUUAUUGGAAGGUGCCAGGUUGACCUGUCGUCCCUCAGUAGGGAGCAAACGCACAAGCUGGAGUUACAGCUGGAAGAGGGUGAGGGCCACCUGGUUCUGCUUGUCACUCUGACAGCCUCGGCCACAGUCAGCAUCUCCGACCUCUCUGUCCACUCCCUGGAGGACCAGAAGGAGCGGGGAGAGAUAUUAAAGAGAUAUAGCCCACUGAGGAUAUUUAACAACCUAAAAGACGUGGGAUUUCUCCAGGUGAAAGUCAUCAGAGCUGAAGGUUUGAUGGCUGCUGAUGUCACAGGUAAAAGUGAUCCAUUUUGUGUAGUGGAACUGAACAAUGAUAGGCUGCUAACACACACUGUCUACAAAAACCUCAAUCCUGAGUGGAACAAAGUGUUCACAUUCAACAUUAAAGACAUCCAUUCAGUCUUGGAAGUGACAGUUUAUGAUGAAGACCGUGACCGGAGCGCCGACUUUCUGGGCAGAGUUGCUAUACCGUUGCUGUCUAUUCAAAAUGGUGAACAGAAAGCCUACGUCUUGAAAAACAAGCAGCUGACAGGGCCCACAAAGGGGGUCAUCUGUCUUGAAAUAGAUGUGAUUUUUAAUGCUGUGAAAGCCAGCUUACGAACAUUAAUUCCCAAAGAACAGAAGUACAUUGAAGAGGAGAACAGGCUCUCCAAACAGCUGCUUCUGAGAAACUUCGUCAGAACGAAGCGUUGUGUCAUGGUGCUGGUAAACGCUGCAUACUACGUUAAUAGCUGCUUUGAUUGGGAUUCACCCCCAAGGAGUCUUGCAGCUUUUGUGCUCUUCCUCUUUGUCGUCUGGAACUUUGAGCUCUACAUGAUACCACUGUUGUUAUUGCUACUACUGACCUGGAACUACUUCCUAAUAGUAUCAGGGAAAGAUAACAGGCAACGUGAUACAGUGGUGGAGGACAUGCUGGAGGACGAGGAGGAAGAAGAUGAGAAGGAUGACAAGGAUGGUGAAAAAAAAGGAUUUAUAAAUAAAAUCUAUGCCAUCCAAGAAGUCUGUGUCAGUGUCCAGAACAUCCUAGAUGAAGUGGCUUCCUUUGGCGAAAGGAUAAAGAAUACUUUCAACUGGACUGUCCCAUUCUUAAGCUGGCUGGCCAUUGUAGCCCUCUGUGUGUUCACAGUUAUUCUGUACUUCAUCCCACUGAGAUACAUUGUUCUUGUCUGGGGAAUUAAUAAAUUUACAAAAAAGCUUCGGAGUCCAUAUGCAAUUGAUAACAAUGAACUACUUGACUUCCUUUCCAGAGUCCCUUCAGAUGUACAAGUGGUGCAAUACCAAGAACUGAAAGCAGACCAUUCUCAUAGCCCAUAUAAAAGGAAGAAAAACAACCUUGGCUAGCCAGCUCCAGCACUGAGGAGACAAGCAUGCUUGGGAAGAUAAAAGAAAAGCCCUUCAGCCUCGCAGCAUUUCCUUUCUUUCUGCUUUUUAUUUAUUUUCCCUUUUUAUCACGAUCGAGAAAAUUGUAAAUAGUGUACAAAAGGAAUAUGUCUUUGAAAAUAUACUUCCAUUGUAUAGUCUGAACUUGAUAAAAGAUUUUAGCUAGUGGAGUGUGGAAGCCUUGUUAGCUAUAGAUAAUAUAACCAACUGAAAGAGUAAAAAUAAUGGUUAUAAAACUGGAAGAAACAUAUUUCUUGAAUUACAAGUGAAAGAACCAGAAUAUCAGAUUAAAUGCUCAAUUGUACUCUGAUUAACCCUAUAUAAAAUAUAAAUACUGAUUUGAUCUUUAGGUUUCUUGUUAUGUGACUAUUUCUUAUCUGAAAAGUAAUUCAUUAGUUUUUUUUAUGGUUAUUCAGUUCAAAAGGGGGGAACUCCAAAGUCUGAAUAAUGGAAAUGUUGCAUUUCAAUUUAACAUACAUCCUGAUUUUCACUCCUGUGUAAAUAAGUUACUUAUGUAUGGCUAAGGCUGAUUUUAAGUUCAUGAGUACAGGCACAUUCAUAUAUUUUGCUGUCUCCUUACACACACAAUCCCUUAGGAGAAUCUAAGAUUUUAUGAAUAAAACUUUUAAGCCUUCUAUCAUUCCAUCUAAAACCUUAAAAUCUCUCCAGAACUAUACUAAAUAAAUACUGCCAGGUUUAUAAAUGAUUGAGUACCAGGAUUUUUAUAUAUACCACUAUUUAAUUUAUACUGAGUUAGCAAAUUAGCAAGCCAAUUCAGUUGUCAAAAAUACUAGCAAACUAAAUCCAUACUGCAUUUGGUGUCAAAUUACACCAUUGCACAUCUUAAAACAAAACAAAACAAAACUGAAGUGUCCUCAUGGGGAAAACAAAACCCAGCAUCUGCAUUCUCACUAGCUGCCCACAUGCUUUAAUGUGUACUAUGAAUUUUGUUAUUAUUGAGUUUUAAUGUAGAGAGUGCAGUGAACAAAGUGAAGGCCAGUGUUUCAUUACAUCAUUUAUGAAGAAAGGUCACUGAUAGUGCAUGAAAACCUGUUUUGUAAAAUAAACUGCUUUUAGAGUGGUUAUCAUUAAAAAUACUUCACUAACCACACUCGAUCCUUAAACAGUGCAUUCCUAAAGCUAACUCCAGGGUCUAUCAAGGGAACAUAUCUCUGCAGAGACAACCUGGUCAGUGAGAAUGUCUUCACUGACUUGUUAAAGGAAUUAAACUCAAUGGAAAUUGCUGCAGACAAUGUUUUGCACUACUUUAUUAAUUGCUAUUCAUAAAUAACUGGGGUAGGAUGAAGAAUGUAGAAAAGCAGAAAUAUAUAUUUCACUCUAAAGAAAUUCUUUAAAUCUCAUCAAAGCUGAUUUUUAAAGUAUUUUUAUUUUAGAAAUAAGUUGUUAAAUACUAUUUCUUACAAUAGAACUAUUUUGAUGUUUAUACACUAUGCUUGCAAGAAUGCUGACUAAAUUACCUUUCUACAGAAAGGUUUUGACCUCACCUCAAUAUGCUCCAUUUAGUGUAUUAUGUUUAAAAUGACAUGCUUACAUCUGCAUUCCAUCACUGUUUGUUGCAAAAACAUACUACUUUAUGAAGCUGACCUAUUACAAAGUUUAUUGAUGAGAUCAUUUGUUUGGUAUAAGUUCUGAUUAUAUCUGUGAGAUUUAUGUUCUGUGCUGACAGUGUCUACUCAAAUGUCUAUAAGCCUGACAUUCUAUAACCUCAGAUGUACCUAGUGGAUGUAACCAUUAAGAGAUGACUAAGUUUUGUUUGUUUCAUUGUGUAAGAUUUCACAUGUUGACUACAUAUUCACUGCAUUAAAUACAAAAGAAAAUAA